AUGUCUUCAGGAUUCCAUCUUGGUUCGAUAUCGAGCAGCCCUUAUCUUGUUCGGGCCUCUCCUGACGUCACGACGCCUCGUGCAGGCGAGGGUCCUCCAAAAGCUAUUCUACAGCUCGUCCAAUUGAUCGAACACCUCGGCACUUUGGUUCAAGCAGCAGCUGGCCCUACCACUACCGGUACCAGCGCAGGGUCGAGCUCGGCCCCGGGCAGCGGCUUCGCUUCGCCUCCUCUUGAUGUUCCUCGUCCUGGAAUGGUCCGGGUGUCUAGCUUGCGGUUGGUCCAGGAGCCGACAGACACCGGAGCUUAG